AUGCAACUGCGCACUUCGCUCCUCAGCCUCGUCGCCCUCUCCCUUGUCAUGGCGAGUUCGGCCUCUGCCUCGGUCGCUGGCAGCGGAGGACCGCGGGAUGACAGCGCGCACAAGUUCAGCAAGCGCGAGCCUACGCCUGGCCACCACACGCACACGCACUACCACGCGCCUAGCAGCGGAGGCGGAGGCGGGCUGAUGGGGAGCAGCGGCGGCUCGAUGCUGCGCAACGUGGCCGGCGGUACACUGCUCGCCGGUGGAGCUGCCUUUGCGGCUACGGGCGGGAGCAUCGCUGCCCACAACCUGUUCGACGACCACCACGACGAUGAUCACAGGGAGCGCGGCGAGCGCGGCGAAAGCGGAAGCGGAAGCGGUGGAGCAGGUGGAAGCGUUGGAAGGGGAGGAGAGUACCCGCUGCAGAUGGCUCCUCAACAGCAGGUGGUGGGUACAGUGUACCCGCAACAGCAGAAGGCGCAGAGCGGGGCCGCUCGUCCCGUCGGCAUCAUGAUGUCCGAUGGUAAUGUUUUGCCCGUGUCUGCCGCGGCACAGGUGGCUCCUCAGUACACUCAGAAUGCUCCCGCCGCCAGCAGCGGCGGCUUCGCUUUCCCCAACCAGAAGUGA